AGGAUGAGGAGGACGUAAGAGCUUCAAGCGAUUUGGGCUCGGAGUCCAAAGCUGUGGUGCAAGUUGUCGACGCUGGCGCCUAGCGCGCGGCCUGGCAUGGUUCUCAAGACGAGACUCACCGAGAUGUUGGGCAUCCAGCACCCCAUCAUCCAGGGUGGCAUGCAGUACGUGGGGUACGCCGAGAUGGCGUCCGCGGUCUCGAAUGCCGGAGGGCUUGGUGUCCUCACGGGCCUCACGCAGCCCUCGCCAGAGGACCUGCGCGCGGAGAUCCGCCGAUGCCGGGAGAUGACCAGCAAGCCUUUCGGCGUGAACCUUACCAUUCUACCAGCACUCAUUCCAGCGGACUACGACGGCUACGUCGACGUAGUCGCAGAGGAGCGAGUGGCCUUGCUGGAAGUUGCGGGCGCUUCCCCGAAAAAGUAUAUGAAACAGCUGCACGCGGCUGGCGUCAAGGUGCUCCACAAGUCAGCAACGCUGCGGCACGCGCUGAAAGCGCAGGAGGCCGGCGUGGACCUGAUCGAGAUAGUCGGGUACGAGGCCUCCAUCGCUGGAGGACAGCCUGGCGACGAGGUGGGCCUUUGGGUUGUGUUGCCCAGGGCUGUGCCGCUGCUGUCCGUGCCUGUCAUCGCCAGCGGCGCGUCCGCGACGGGGCGGCAGCUCGCGGCUGCCUUGAGCAUGGGGGUGCCGGCGGCCACCUGCGUCUGUGCGACGCUUUCGCCACUGGCGGUGGUUGGAGGUGUUUGCCUGUUGGCGCUGAUCAUCGUCGGAGCGCACCUCCUCGGCGCCGUGUGGGGCCUGCCCACGCGAGUGGCGUCGCGCCUGGGCUCGAGGUGUGAGCCCGCGAUCGCCGUCGAGACACCGCAGCUGAUGUUCGAGGAGCAGGCGAGGGUGUAA